GCCCAAAGUAUUACAGUAUUCUUUUUUGUCGCUAAUAUGAACUGUUGGGAUCAAACUUAGAAAGCCCGAGUAUAUGGUCCGUUUGUACAGUGCAUCAUUUCUCAUUUCCAAGGCGAUCGAGAGGAAUUCGGUAAUCCUGUACCGGCAACCAUGUGGAGAAGGCUCUCCGUCCAUCUUCUCCGAUCCACUCCGAUAUCCGGCCGAUUUGCCAGCGCCGCCGCCGCCGCACCAUUGUCCGCUGGCGUGCUCCGCCCUUCAUUUUUCCUCCAUUCUCGUGGCUUCGAAACUGCUGUUUUGAAGACCCGAGUGGAGGAUGUAAUGCCAAUUGCUACCGGUCACGAGCGUGAAGAGAUCGAAGCCGAGCUUGAAGGAAAGAAGCUUCUUGACAUUAACUACCCCGAAGGUCCUUUUGGCACAAAGGAAGCACCAGCUGUCAUCAAGUCCUACUAUGACAAAAGAAUCAUAGGAUGCCCUGGAGGUGAAGGCGAAGAAGAGCAUGAUGUUGUUUGGUUUUGGCUGGAGAAGGACAAGCCGCAUGAAUGCCCUGUUUGUUCGCAAUAUUUUGUGCUGGAGGUUGUUGGGCCGGGAGGACCUCCGGAUGGUCACGGUGAGGACGAGGAUGACAGUCACCAUCACUAAAGCUCUAAGCUCUUGCUGAUUUUGCCUUUUUUUGCCGGAAAAUGUGUUUUGUUGACCCAAGAGUCAGAGACUACUACUUUAUUCAAUAGUUUAUUCUAUUGAAUGGUUUAUGUUUCAAUAUAUUAUAAGCAUACACAUUUUGGCCAUGGGAGGAAUUCAUGAGCCCCAUAAAGUGCAUAGUUGUACAAUUGAUGGCUGUUGUAUGCU